GAUAAUAGUCUGUUAAAGAAAAGAAAAAGGGUUUGGUUUCCGUUUUCCUUCUCCUUUUUCUCUCUGAUUUUCCCACUCGUUUUCUCUCCCUCCAAACAGAUAUUGAAAUUGAAAUUCCCUUGUUAUCUGCGUGCAAAUGGAGAUGGCUAUGGAGGAUUCAUAUUCCCAUGCGCUUCUCUUUCUUGCUCGCGCCGCGCUUCUCUUGGACGGACGGACACCGCGGUUUUCGAAGAAUCCAAUACAGAAUACGCCGCGAAUAUGUAAAUUCAGCUCUUUCUGAGCUCAUUUCUUGGUUUUUCGCACUUGUUUUUUUUUGUUCCUUGAUUUGUACUGCUUGGAACUGAAAUUCCACGGAAAAUUUACAUGAAGCCGACUCUAGGGUUGUGGUGAAUUUUGGCGGAAUUUUGUUAGGACGUGGGUAAAUUCUUGGCAUCUUUACUUUCCUUGAUGAAUAGUUUCUGGAAUUUGACUUUUAGAGUUUAUGGAAAGUUGUUUGUAAAAUUUGAGUGGCAUCCUAUGGUUUCACAUGGUUGGUGAAGUGUUUGUGGCUUUGGUCUCUUGUUCUUCGAGAAAUUUGAGCGGAUUUUGAAUUUUAUUUCAAGAAUUUCACUAAGCUCUUGUGAAACUCGUUCGAUAGUUGCCUUAAUUCCUCGUCCAAACUAUCUGGUUAUCGACGUGAGAGUACGGGUUCAUAUAACUCUUCGAUAGCUUUCUUGUUUCCAACGUCAAGGGAUUUGUUUGAAUAUAAAUUUGAAGAUUGGAUAGUCUUAUAGGAUCAACAGAGGGAUUUCGAAGUUGAAUUUGAAUUCUUUUGGCGGGAAAACUUGCAUGGCUGGAAGGGGGAUUUUAGGGUUUCCGAAAUCUAAUGAAUUAGCUGUUUCGAAAACCACUUCAUGUAGUCUCAAGGACCAGGCAAAAAGAACUAUUCUCCGCAAUGUGAGGUCACAAGGGCACACCUAUGUUGAACUUCGUGAAGAUGGGAAAAAGUCCAUUUUCUUCUGUACCUUGUGUUUAGCACCAUGUUACAGCGAUUGUGUCUUGUUUGAUCACUUGAAGGGAAAUCUUCACAAUCAGAGGUUGUCAACUGCCAAGGUUACUCUAUUGGGACCAAACCCGUGGCCGUUUAAUGAUGGUGUUGUUUUCUUCAAUAAUCCAACUGAGAAUGAUGAUGAUACGGUGAUUUCAAAUGGCAAUCAAAGUAGGUUGUUGGAGUCUCAAGACAGUGAGAACAAUCUCGCUAUAGUCACAUAUGGUGAAAAUUUGGAAAGCUGUGCCAACGGGCAUAUUAUGGUUGAUGAGCUUGGGCAUCAAAAUGAGAAUCCAGAUUCUGCAGGCAAUCUGGCUGGUUCUGGAGAAAAUUGUGCUGUGUUGAUCCCUGGUGUUCGAGCUGGGGAUGAAAUUGCUAAUGUAGAAGUGAGGGAAGUGGGUUAUGGACUUAUUUCUGUAAGAUUUCGUGAGAAGGAUGGUGUCUCUAAUGAUAUUAGCAGAAUAUGGUGCGAGUGGCUGGGGAAAAAAACUAUUGAGGAUGAGGAUUUCUUGAAGGUUCCUGAGCAUGAUUUCGCUAUUGUCACCUUUAGCUAUAAUAAUUUCAGUUUAGGAAGAAUGGGUCUUCAUGAUGAUGUGAAAGCAUUGCUCUGUUCUAGUCCUGCAGCUGAAAUGCAGAACGGGGAUGUCUCUAGUAGGAAAAGAAGGAAGUCAUUUUCUGACCCUGAGGAUUCUAGUGAGAAUUUGAGUAAUCAGUAUGAUUCAUGUGGGGAAGAUUCUUCAGCUUCUGCUGUAACAAGCUUGAUGUUAGACCAAUAUGAUGAUCAGCUUCUCCAGACUAGAUUCAUAUCAAACAAGGCUAUAAGACGGGAGUUGAGACGGCAACAGCGUAUAGCUGCUGAAAGAAUGUGUGACAUCUGCCAACAUAAGAUGCUUCCUGGAAAAGAUGUGGCAACACUAAUGAACGUGAAGACUGGAAGGCUGGCUUGCAGCAGUCGAAACACGAAUGGGGCUUUUCAUUUAUUUCAUACUUCCUGUCUCAUACACUGGGUACUUCUAUGUGAAGUUGAAAAAUGCACAAAUCAGUCAGAGGCUCCAAAAGUUAAACGAAGAUCUCGUAGAAAAGCUGCUUCGAAGUGCAAUGAAGUGCUAAAUGAUAGCGAGGUGAAAGCUUUCAGGACCCCAAUUAACCGUGUUAUCUGUCCAGAGUGCCAGGGGACUGGUACAAUGAUUGAUGGAGAGGACGAGAAACCAACUGUACCGCUCUCAAAGAUGUUCAAGUAUAAGAUAAAGGUGAGUGAUGCACGUAGAGCAUGGAUGAAGAGUCCUGAAGUGUUGGGGAAUUGCUCAACAGGGUUUCAUUUCCCUUCCCCAGCCGAAGAAACAAUUCAGGAAACGGUGGAACCACUGAAGUUUCUGCGCUUCUAUGGAGCUCAUUGAAUUUGGAUUCGAGAAUUCCCAGAGAUCGGCAAGUGAAUUUAGUUCGUCCUGGCCUGUAAAUUUUACUUUUAACAUGCAACCUUUUCGCGCAUUUGCACUAGCUCAGCUAUGAGCUUUUGUGGACUAAUGCAAUGAGAUUGUAUAUACGUGUUGCUUGAUCCGCAGGUGCAUCUGGUAUACAUUGCUGAGAUACAUGCGCAUUGUAAAAGAACCGGUGACAGAUGGUAGAUUUGACUCUUGAAUGCAUCAGCAUUUCAUAAAUCCCUUUCUCCCUCCCUUCCACUUGAUUGAACACCUUGUUUAAUUGUAGUUUAUGCUUGGGUGGAUCUCCUUAGCUGAGGCCAAACUUACAAGUAUGAAAGACAACACUAUUAAGAU